CCUUCAUCCAUGUCCAAACCCAUGGACACAGCUCCCAAGACCGAAGACAACGGAGACCAUGCCGGUGGUAGUCGUCUUGGUGGUGCGGGUGCAACAACGGUGGCGGCAAAGGCAGCCGGACGAGGAACGGGGCGCAAGGUCGGUGUGGGCGAUGCGGACAAGUUCAUGGUGAGCCCGGCGGAGAAGGCCAUGUGGGCCAUGAAAAUCAAGGACUUGGAGACAAGGUUGGAGUCAGCUGCGGUGGAGGUCGGAUCGCUGAAGGAUGAGAACGAAGAGCUGAAGAGAAUCAACGAGGAGAUCGAAAAGACGGCGGCUGCCAAUCGGGCGGCGUGGAAGAUCCUGCACGAGGAAAAGGACUCUCACAUCCAGUUUCAGACUGCCCGUGCAGAGCAGCUGAAAGAAGAAAAGGCACAGCGAGUGGCUGAGCUGGAGCUCAAGGUCGAAGAGCUCGAGCAUCAGGCGGCGAUGGACAUGCGGCAGGCCGAGGAGAAGAUCCGAAAGCUGAUGCGCAAGAUCGAGGCCACCAUGAAGUUUGUCGAGGUCCAGCACCACCUGGAGAACGAGCUGGCGACGCUGCAACAGCAGCGGGCAACCGAAAAGGUGGCGUUUCAGAAAAAGUACGAGGAGCAAGACUACCAGCACCUCAAGGCCCAGAAGGAUCUAGAGGCGCGGUACGACGCCAAGGUCAAGCACCUGACCGCACAGAUGAAGGGUCUCUCUGAUUCGCUCAUGGCCGAGACAACCAAGCGGACGAUUGUGGAGAACAUCCGCCUCAACAAGAUGAUCGAAGACAUGUCGGUGAACAACAAGGACCUCAUCCUGGAGAAGGAGCAGAUGAUGGUCGAGCUGCUCAACCUGCGCCGGCAAAAAGAGCUGCUGACUGUGUCGGAAAAAGUGCUCGCCGAGAAGAUGACCAACGCCCGCAAGGUCAUUAAGCGGCUUGCCGACAAGAUCCGCAAGCUGGAAAACGGCAUGCGUCGCGAGGCCGACGUCGACGUCCAGGUCGAGUCGGAGAUUGUCGCUCUGCAAGAACAUGUCAUUCUGCUGCAGAGCCAGCUUGCCACCGCCCAGAGCGAGCUGCACGCAACCGAGGAGAACCUUGCUGCCGAGCGGAGGCACCGCGAGGCGCUGCAGCGCGAGCAGGACUCGUUUCUAUCGAUGCUUGAGGAGGCUGCAGGCUUUAUCCUGGCCUGCCUCCAGGAUGUGAAGCAGCAGCUAGCGCUCGAGCGCGAGACCAAGGAGCUGGCGGCGUCGGCCGAGCUCCGCCGGUCCGAGUCGUCGCUCGCCAACCUGCGGAGCGGCGGGGGCAAGGACUCGACCAACGACGCGCCCUCUGGUGCCGGUGCGGACAGCGACACUGUGUCGCUCCCGCCGUCGCUCACCGCGCUCACCUCGGCUGAACGGGAGAACGUUCUCGAGUACCUACUCAAACAGCUUAACGCGCUGCAGGUGGUCGGUGGCAUGCCUCAGUCGGCGUCCGCAAGCAAGACUGGGAGCAGCGGACAGGCGCGCGGGGCGUCAGCGGAAGCGGCUCGCGGCUCGCGCGGCUCAGCCGGAAGCAGUGGCCCAGCGUCGCGCGGCCGGGCAUCGGCAGCAUCGCGCGGCUCGUCCCGCGGCGGCUCGGAUGGCCGACUCUCGGCCUCGAUCUUCCGCUGGGCCACGCCGUCGCCGUCACCAGGCUACUACACCGGCGAGCACCGGCCGACCGUGACGGUGGCGACCCAGACCGUGGCGAGCGAGCCGACCCAGCUCUUUGACACCCACCUCGGAACAGGCUCCAAAGGCGCGUCGUCGAGCGAUGAGGCCCGCGCGUACCGCCGAGCCGUCCUCGGCGACGUCCGGCCGUGGGGCGCGCCGGCGCAACAGUUGCCGCUCACCAAGCGUGGCCCGCGGAUGUUCCUGCGCAAGGCCGGGACCGGGCCGGCUGCACGACGGGCACCGUCGGGCGCCUCCAGUCGGAGCUCCAGCCGGACCGGAGCGGGCACCCUCAUACUUCCUCCUGUUGUUGGCUCGCGCACAGGCGCGUCGUAG